UAUGUACACAUAGAAAGGCUAAAGCACUACUGCACAUCCAUAUAAGUUCUUAUCCUACGCUGCUGCUGCUGCUACUUACUCGAUCCAGCAAUGGAUGCCAAAGAAAUAUAUGGUAACAGUACAGCUCAGAAAGAAGAAGAGAUAACAAUAAGAAAAGGUCCAUGGUCUAGCGAUGAAGACUCAAAACUCAUUUACUAUGUUACCAUCCAUGGCGAAGGAGGAUGGGAAGCCCUCGCCCGUAAUGCAGGGUUGAGGCGUACAGGUAAGAGCUGCAGAUUAAGAUGGUUGAACUACUUGAAUCCAAAUGUUCGACGAGGAAACAUUACUCCUGAAGAACAACUUCACAUUAUAGAGCUACACUUGCAAUAUGGAAAUCGGUGGACAGAGAUUGCGAAACGGUUACCAGGAAGAACUGAUAAUGAAAUAAAGAACUUCUGGAGAACCGUAAUUAAAAAGCAAGCAAAGCAGCUAAAAUGCGACGUGAACAGCGUAGAAUUUCGUGACAUCCUGCGCAGUAUAUGGCUUCCAAGCAUAUUGAAGGAACAAAUGCAUCCAAAGAUCGAAGCUAAUUUAGAAUCCCAGUUGAAUAGUACUGUCACUGAAGUCUCUACUGAUUUUGAUAACAUGAAUUGCCAGAAAUUAAUGACAGAGUCUGAAGUCCAUCAAACUGGAUUCCUGCCGGUGGAAAUGAAUUGCCAAUCCAACAAAUCCAAUGUUUCAGUACUAGAUGAUUUCGAAGAUGUUAACUGGUAUUACGAUUGUUUAUCUGAGCAGAAAUUUGGCUCUGAAGUGGUGUAUAGCCCUUUCAUCUAUGGUUUCGAUGGAAAUGAGAUUCAGUCUGAGGAUUCACUUAUAAUCUCGUUAAAUGAUGAAGACUUCUGGGAUUCUACGUUAACGAGUUUCAAUCAGUUUUGAAAGUGCUUAUCCCAUGCAUAAAAUGAUAGUCUAGCACUAAUAAUAUAGGCGAAUGAUAUAUCUAUGUCACAUUUUACACAAAAUGGUCACCCUUAGAUUAAUAUUUUUAUCGUUUUAUCAAUUCCUCCUAGUACAAGGUUCUCAUCUACCGAACCAAGAAAAAAAAAAAAAGAAGAGACGCAUCGAAGAAAUCGAGGCCUUUAGAAGAAUUGGCAUAAGAUGGAAGUGCAGAAGUUAAUUCAAUCAAGCUUGUUGCUUUAUAUGCUAUUUGUAACAAGUUUUGUGCUGCAGAGGGAUUUCAUUUCAUAUUAAUGGAAGAAUGCACAGGUAAAAUUUUUGUUUAUAGGCAAUUGAAGCAAACUUUUAGCCAUAUCAUGCUCGUGAAAAUGUAAUAUGCUGGAAGCAGCAUUUCGCAAA